AUGAACAUAAAUAACUAAUUACUUAAGAUGGUGCAAGAUGUAAAUAAAUAAAUAUACAAUUGGUAGAUUUAAGUGGUUAUAAAGAGUGAAUUUGAAAUCAAGCCUAGUUUGGAUGAAAUUUUGAAGACUUUGAAAUAGUAGGUGGCCAUUUUGAUUGAAUUAGUUCAAUAAUAAAAAGGCGUAGACUAUGAUUAAUUGGAAAAGGCAGUAUAAAAGGCAGAAGCUGAAAUUCGUAAUCAUGUGAGAGUAAGUUCAUAAAUAAUGUGUUAGUUAGAGUAACAAAUGAAGUUAUAUUCAGAUAGUUUAUAAGAGAAGAUUGAUUAAUUAGAGAAAGAGAAGUUGGAAUUAUUAGAGAAGGUAAGAAAUAUGUCUUAAUUUUUAAGAACAAAAAUUUAAUAGUUAGUUAGGAGAGAAAGAUAUCUUCUCAAAACUAAACAAGAGAAUCUAGUCCUAGUUUAUUCAAAAAAUCAUACAUUCUAGGAAAUCAAGUUUACAAUAGACAAUAAGCUAAUCAGUAAGAAGGUUGUGUAUCAGUAACUUAAAAUUGUGAUAGUCAAUAAACUAGAGAUAGAAGAAGUUCUGGAACUCAACAUUCAUAUAUGAUGAUUAAGAAUAUGUAACAAUAUUAUAUAUACACUAGUCGUGAUAAAGUCAACAUGAAUGUUUCAUAGGAAAAAGUUAGUGAUAAAAGUUCAUCUAUUCUUAAAUCACAAAAUAGCAGUUCUUUAUUGAAAAUGUAUAACAUCUAGAAACUCAUCAUUAAGAAUUAACAGGAUAAACAAUUACAACAACUAAAGAAGUAAUUUUUUAUCAUCUUAUUCAAAUAAGCAAAACUAUAAAUUAGAUUUUAGAUGACUCUCAAGCUACCAAAAAGAAACCUUGAUUUAUUUAUCGUUAUC